AUGAGCUCCAAACCGAACAACGGCGCCACGGAGCGCACGCCCUUGAUCAACGGCGAGGCCUCGUCGACGCCGGACAAUGGCCACAUGCCACACUCGCACCAUCGCUCGCCCGCCUUCUCCUUCUUCUUCGACAGCACCCACACCCCUGGCAAGGACAGCCCUCGCUUGGCCGUGAGGAGUCUUGCCCACGUCUGGCACGUCACCAAAGUGACCCUCUUGAGCAGCUAUGUCAACUUCCUCCUCGUCAUGGUGCCCAUCGGCAUCGUUGCCGGCCAUCUGGAGUGGGACCCGACCACCGUCUUCACCAUCAAUUUCUUCGCCAUCAUCCCCCUCGCCGCUGUCCUGUCCUUUGCGACGGAGGAGAUCUCCCUCAAGCUUGGUGAGACGAUGGGAGGGCUCUUGAAUGCCACGUUUGGCAACGCCGUCGAGUUGAUUGUCAGCAUUGUUGCCCUCAAGGACGGCCAGAUCGAGGUUGUCCAAUCCUCCAUGCUCGGUUCCAUCCUGUCAAACCUGCUCCUCGUCAUGGGCAUGUGCUUCUUUUUCGGCGGACUCGUUCACCGCGGAACCAACGGAUCCGGCACCGAGCAGUCAUUCUCGGCCGCCGUUGCGCAGACGACUUGCUCUCUGAUGACCCUCUCGUCCGCCUCGCUCGUCAUCCCCGCCGCGCUCUACGCCGUCCUGGACCGAAGUGGAAGUGGCUCCGACGCGGAAAAGGCCCAAAGCAUUCUGGUGCUGUCGCGAGGCACCGCCAUCAUCCUCCUCCUCCUCUACGUCCUCUAUCUUGUCUUUCAACUCCGAACGCACAGCAACCUUUUCGAUGCCGAGAGGCAGGCCGCCUUGGACGAUGAGGAGGAGGAGGAGGCCUGCAUGGGGCCCGUCUCGGCCGGUCUUGUCCUUGUCGUCGUGACCAUCCUCGUUGCCGUCUGCGCCGAGUAUCUGGUCGGCAGCAUCGAUGCCAUCGUCGAAAGCGCAAACAUCAGCAAGGCCUUUAUCGGUUUGAUUCUCAUCCCCAUUGUCGGCAACGCCGCCGAGCACGUCACCGCCGUCGUCGUCGCCCUUCGUGACAAGAUGGACCUGGCCAUGGGAGUCGCCAUCGGGUCGUCUAUCCAGAUCGCCUUGGGCGUCACCCCUUUCCUCGUCAUCGUCGGUUGGAUCGUUGGACAGCCCAUGUCCCUUCACUUUGAAUCCUUCGAGACGGUCGCCUUUGCCGUCUCCGUCCUGGUCGUCACCUAUACCGUCCAGGAUGGCAGAUCCAACUACCUCGAAGGGGCCAUGCUUCUCGGCCUCUACAUCAUCAUCGCCGUCGCCUUUUACGCCACGCCUAGCGAUGCCAUAGACAAGGUCAGCGCCUUUGUUCGAAGCUAA